UUGCAAAAGACUCAACAAGGAAUAAAUUCGAAGACAAAAAAAGAGAGAUGGAAAGUAAUAUUGGUGGAGCUGGAGAAGUAAGAAGAGUGAAAUUAGUAUAUUUCCUUAGCAGCCGUUCUGGUCAAGUUGACCAGCCUCAUCUCUUGUCUGUUCAUCAUCUCUCCCGUAAUGGUGUCUUUCUUCGAGAUGUGAAGCGAUGGUUAGCGGGUGUACGAGGGAGUGCGAUGCCAGACCAAUACUGUUGGUCGUGUAAAAGGAGGUAUAAAAAUGGAUAUGUCUGGCAAGAUUUAUUGGAUGACGAUCUUAUUACUCCCAUCUCCGAUAAUGAAUACGUUCUCAAAGGAUCUGAGAUUCUUCUAAACAAUCCAAAGGAGGAGUCUCCUCAUGCGGAAAAGAAAGCUUGGAAGACAAGAAACGUCGGUGACGGCAGUAUUGACGCUAAAGAAAAUCUACUGAAGUCGAAGUUUACGUCGGACAUAAUCCACAAAGAGUCUCCCGUCUUCUGCUCUCAACGUUCGACGGCGACAACGUCGACGGUCACCGAUGAAUCCACCACAAACGAAGAAGAAACGUUCGUUCUAAAGAAACCAGGUCUGAAAAAAGUAUCCGGCCAAGGAGACGGGUCGACAGGAAAAGUGUCGGGUAACGAUACAGAGUCAGGUCGAACAAGUGUAUCGUCGACGACGUCGUCUUCGAGUUUUAUUAAAGGUAAGAGCUAUUCGAGCGCGCGUGCCUCGCAAGUGCUACAGAAUUUGAUAAAGUGCGGUGGUUUGGACACGAACGACGCCGUAUUAGUGCCUUUGAAUAAGCCUGCGUCUAGGUCUUUUGGUGCGGCUUGGGAGGAUGAACGCAGAUUCCAAUACCAACAGCACAAUGCUCGAAAAAGCUUUGAAGGGGCAUGGAAUGCCUUAAAGAUGAAAGACACAAUUGAAUUUUGUAAACCAAAGGUGGCUUCAAGCAAGUCUUCUAUGGCUCCACUAUGCUCGCAAUGUGGGAAGUCAUUCAAACCCGAGAAGAUGCAUUCGCACAUGAGGUUGUGUCUAAGAAUGAAGAGUUCAUUGUCGAAGGAUGAUGAUUUGAUGACGGGAAAUAAUACCAUUAGACCGAACCAGCAACGCUGCAGAAACAUUUCGGGAGAUCCAUCAGGACAUCAACGUGUAGUGAGAGCUACUCUCAAAGAAUAAUGAAGCUUAACUAUGAUUGAUUAUCUAGCUG